UCUCUCUCUCUCUCUCUCUCUCUCUCUCUCUCUCUUUUUACUGUUAUUUAUGUUGUCUAAAUUCUAAGCAACCCUCCUAUUCGUUCAUUCUCUUCAAUAUUGCAUUGAUCUGAGAAAUGGAAGCUCGGCUUUGUAUUUUCAUGUCAAAACCUUUAUUUUGAAGAACGAGAUUCGGGAAAAAGUUUACAUUUUUAUGUGUUUGGAGGUUAAGAAUAAGGGAGAAUGAUUAAUAUUAUGAAUCCAGUGAACAAACCUAUGAAUGAAGUGGAGAAAGGAUUGGAUCCUCAGUUAUGGCAUGCCUGUGCUGGUGGUAUGGUCCAAAUGCCACCACUGAACUCAAAAGCCUUUUACUUUCCUCAGGGACAUGCUGAACAUGCCCACAAGAAUGUUGAUUUUGGGGGUUUCCCUAAAAUUCCACCACUUACUCUUUGUAGAGUUUCAUCCAUUAGGUACUUGGCUGAUACUGAGACUGAUGAGGUCUAUGCCAAGAUAAGAUUAGUUCCAUUAAAAGGCAACGAAUGUGAUGUUGAAGAUGAUGCUGGAUUUCUAGGGCUUGAUAAGAAUGAGAAUCAAGAGAAACCUAAUUCAUUUGCUAAGACAUUGACACAGUCUGAUGCUAACAAUGGUGGGGGGUUUUCUGUGCCAAGAUAUUGCGCUGAGACCAUAUUUCCACGGCUGGAUUACUCGGCUGAGCCUCCUGUCCAGACCAUUUUGGCUAAGGAUGUUCAUGGGGAGGUUUGGAAGUUUAGGCAUAUUUAUAGGGGGACACCAAGGCGGCAUCUUUUAACGACUGGAUGGAGCAAUUUUGUGAACCAGAAGAAGCUUGUUGCAGGGGAUUCGAUUGUGUUCUUGAGGGCGGAAAAUGGGGAUCUCUGUGUUGGGAUCCGGAGGGCAAAGAGGGGUAUUGGUAGCGGACCGGAGGUGAACUCCGGAUGGAAUACUGGACCAGGGAAUUAUGCCUCUUCACUGUAUCAUGGGUUUCCUGGGUUCUUGAGUGAAGAUGAGAAGAAGUUCAUCCGAAAUGGUCAGGCAGCAAAGUCUGAUGAUGGUAUAAGGGGAAAAGGUAAAGUUCGAGCUGAAUCUGUCAUUGAAGCAGCAAAACUUGCUGCCUGUGGCCAGCCAUUUGAGGUGGUUUACUAUCCCCGAGCAAGCACUCCGGAAUUUGUCGUCAAGGCCUCUGCGGUAAGAGCUGCAAUGAGAGUCCAAUGGUCUUCUGGGAUGAGGUUCAAAAUGCCUUUCGAGACCGAAGAUUCCUCAAGGAUAAGCUGGUUCAUGGGGACCAUAUCUUCUGUUCAUGUUGAGGACCCCAUCCACUGGCCAAAUUCUCCAUGGCGCCUUCUCCAGGUGCAUUGGGAUGAGCCAGAUUUGCUUCAAAAUGUGAAGAGAGUGAGUCCAUGGUUGGUUGAAUUGGUAUCAAAUAUGCCUCCCAUCCAUCUCUCUCCGUUCUCACCCCCACGAAAAAAGUUGAGGCUUCCACAACCCCCUGAAUUUCCCAUGGUUGGGCAACUCUCGAUGUCUUCACUUCUCAACAACCCUUUAAGCCCCAGCAGCCCUUUGUGUUGUAUAUCGGACAACAUUCCUGCAGGCAUACAGGGAGCCAGGCAUGCUCAGUGUGGAUUAUCGUCAUCAGAUAUCCACUUCAACAAACUGCAGGCAGGGCUACUGCCAUUCGGAUUCAAAGAACUCGAACGUUCUGUCCCGCCUUCUAGACUUCUUAAAGGCGGCAGCUUCAUGACCAGUUUUGACAAUGAUGAGAAUAUCUCUUGCCUAUUAACCAUGGGUAAUACCUCUCCCACUUCAACGAAACGUAAGGAAACACAAACACCGACGUUCAUGUUAUUCGGUAAACCAAUUCUUACCAAACAGCAGAUGUCCCUGAGCUGCUCUAGUGAAACAGUUGGCAACAGUUCAUCUAAUGGGAAUCCGGAGAAGAUGAUGAAUCUCUCCGAGGGUUCAGGAUCAGCUGUUAUUCAUAAUGGUCCACCAGAAAAUUCUUCAGGUGAGGUACUUCCUUGGUAUAAAGAUCAGAAACUUGAAUUUAGAAUGGAGACCGGUCACUGCAAGGUUUUCAUGGAAUCCGAUGAUGUAGGUCGAACACUUGACCUUUCAGUCCUUGGCUCGUAUGAAGAAUUGUAUAAAAAGCUAGCUGACAUGUUUGGUGUUGGAACAUCAGAGAUGCUAAGCAAUGUGCUUUACCAAGACUUAACCGGUGCUGUUAAGCACACUGGAGACGAACCAUUCAGUCAGUUUGUGAAGACAGCAAGAAGGCUUACCAUCUUAACAGAUUCUGGCAGCGAUAACAUACGGAGAUAGAGACUGAUGGAUAUUGAUCCUUGUUAACUGUACAGUUGAUUGCUACAAUUGUAGUUUCAACCUGCUUCUUUUUCCAGCUUUGAGUUGUUUUUAAUAGUUGAAGGGGAAAUCUCUCCUUCAACCUGUGUUUAGCAAAUUGUAAACUGAAGACAGAUUCAGCUUUGUUUGACAUUUUCAAUCUACCUGGAUUUCAUCUUGCAGCUUUUUUGUUGAUCUUAUAAGAAAUCAGUUUUUUCA